AUGAAGUGCACUUCCAUUCUCGCCCUUCUGGGCGCCAGCCUGGCCACCGCCCAGUUCACAAACCAGACCGAGCCCUUCUGGCUUAAGUUCACACCUCGCAACGGCAGCUCUGACGAGACCUACCUCACAUCUUGCCAUUCGGGCGCCGCCCAAGCUGGCCUCUGUCCUGAGAGCCAAAGCCCCGCCGCGCACACGCAGUACUUCCUCAAUGAGACCCAGACCAACUUCCGGGACUACGCCCUCGGUGCCCUGACCUGGAAUCAGCCCCUGGGUAGCGCGGGAUCAGUCUCUUCCGGCAUGGAGCUCAACCUGCAGCUAGUUUCCAACGGCGCCAUUCCCAUCUUCUCGCCCGGCAACGGAGCCCUGUUCAAUCUAGGUUUCGACGAGAACGAGAAGCUCUUCAUCCACUCCCGCGCCGACGACUCCAGGGCCACACCUAACGACCCUCACUUCUCCGAGGAGGCGUACUACCGCUGGCAUAUCUGUUGGACGUUCGUUGGCAACUACUACUACAAGUCUCUUGUCUGGAUCACGGCCGGUGCUGCGUCCAACCCUACCUGUGCCGCCGUAGAUGUUUAUAGAGAAUGGGCUUCGUCUUCCUGA